UGUCCUUCGUCUGUCAUAUGAAAAUCUGCGCCAAAAUUUUUUAGACGCCGCCUGACGUGCUUGGUGCUUGGAAAAGAAAAAUAGGUAAUUGAACAAAUUCCCGGGCGAAAAUGUCGGCACCGCCACCGACAUCGAAGCGCGUACUAACGCCCAGCAAGGAAAACGUACCGACCUCACCCAACCAAGGGCCGCCAAAGAAGGUAAAAAUUAACAGCGACUUGGACACCGGCGACGAUGUGGAGAACAAAUGCGGCGGCGAUGUGGAAUACGAUUGCGGCGACGACGAUUUUGAUUUUGAUAUGCUGGCCGAAUUAGAUGCAAUUGAAGCGGCUGAGUCCGCGCACAAGCUGGACCUGUCCACCUGGCAGCGCUGCGUGAUCGAGGAGCUCGAAAUGGACACGGAGUCUUCCAGCGUCAAAUUGCUGGUCAAAAAGAGUCCCGAGGUGUCCGACGAGCCACAGACGGCCAAGUGUCACGUGCGCGCGCCGUGGAAUGUUUCUGACAUCAAACAGGGCGAUAUUGUGUCGCUGCUGGCCAAGUGGCAGCCCUCGCAGAGUGUCUACGUGGUCGACAAGGAGCACGGCUUCUGCGUGACCAAUCCCGAUUUUCUGAUAUCCGGCACCACCGUCACGGGCGCCCUCUUCUGUCGACGCAAGGCGGUGCUGCAGGAGCGCUUCCGCGGCCUCCAGUGGAACAACCGUGUGAUGGUGGUUGGCACGCUGGUGCACGAACUGUUCCAACGUGUGCUCACCGAUACAAUUUACACGCGAUCCCGUGUGCUGACCAUCCUGAAGUACAUGCUGCAGAAUCCUUACUAUGGCCAGUUCCUGUAUGCCGGCGGCAUCACCCAUCAGGAGAUAACCGAGGAUAUGCAGAAGUUCGUCAAUCCCAUCGUUCGCUUCGUCAAUCAGUACUUGCUCGGGCAAAUCCCUACAAUGCCGACCCCGACGAAUUUCCACGGACACAUUGACGAGGUCAAAAAUACUGAGGAAAACCUGUGGGUGCCGCAGCUGGGACUCAAGGGAAAGGUGGAUGUGUUGGUGUCCGUGAACGCGUCCAUAAAUCCAAUACCUUUGGAGCUGAAGACCGGCCGCUCCACCUUCUCCAUCGAGCACACGGGCCAGCUGAUACUCUACCAGAUGAUGAACUCGGCCAUGGGCGUCGAGACGAGCUCCGGUCUGCUGCUCUACCUGCGCGAGAACAUGAUGCGCGAGAUUUCUGGCAAGCGCAACGAGAUGCGCGACCUCAUCAUGAUGCGCAACGAGCUGGCCAAGUAUUUGGUAAAAGAGCCAACGGCUCCGAAAAACACGUGGGAGGACAUCGAGGACCUCUGCCUGCCGGGCCCCAUUAGCCACCACAGCGCAUGCCAGACAUGCCAGUUCAAUACGGUGUGCGCCAUCUACGCCAAGCGAGACGCCAAACUGAGUCUGGGCGACUCGCAUUCGAUGAAGACUCUGAUGCCGACACUGCUGGCUCACCUGACCCAUGACGAUAUUAAGUACUUCCACAGCUGGUGCGGCGUACUGGCCCUCGAGGACAAACACUCGCGCGAAUCCUUUAAACAGCCGACCAUCUGGACGGAGGAUCGCGUCACGCGCCAAAAGCAGGGACGCGCCAUUAUCAACCUGCGCCUCUAUCCUGGCCAAUUGGCACUGAAAUGCAGCGGCCGCUAUGAGCAGAGCAUGCAGCUGCCGCGCGGCGUCGAUCCCAACAUCAAUAUUUAUCACUGUGGGUUCGAUGUGGGCGAGUAUGUGAUCGUCAGCACCGAUUCUUGCCUGGCCGUUGCCGCUGGGAACGUCGUUUCGUUAGAGUGCCGCCGCCUGACGGUCGCCCUGGAUCGGGACCUCAAGCCGAAGUACGAGAACGAGACCUUCACCGUAGACAAGCACGACUCGACGAGCUUCAGCUCAUUCAAUUACACCAGCCUCGCCUUGCUGCUCGCCCCCACAGAGCGAGCAAAGGAGCUACGCUCCAUCAUUGUGACCUUGAAACGGCAGGAGGCGUCGCACAGCUUGCCAUAUUACAUUCGCAAGAGGAGCCACGAUAUUCUGAAGAAUCUGAAUAAUCUGCAGCAGCAGGCCAUUUUGCGCUGCUUUAACAACCAAUCGUACUUUCUGAUCAAGGGUCUGCCUGGCACCGGCAAGACCCAGACCCUGGUCGCUCUGGUGCGUGUGCUGCAUAUGCAUAAGCUCAGCGUCCUGAUCACAGCCCACACCCACUCGGCGGUGGACAAUCUGAUGGGUCGUCUAAUGGAGUACGGGCUGCCCAUGAUCCGGCUGGGCCAAAGCUCACGCAUAGCCAAGAAACUGCAAGAUAUCAGCGAGGAGAGCGUCGCCAGACGCUGUAGCACUGUUGAUCAGUUGGCCGACGCCCUGGAAACUCCCUCGAUCGUGGGCGUCACCUGCCUGGGCAUGGGGCACCCCAUCUUCCGCAAGCGCACAUUUGACUUUUGCAUCGUGGACGAGGCCACCCAGGUGCUGGAGCCCACCGUUUUGCGUCCGCUAUUCCACUGCCAUCGCUUCGUGCUGGUCGGAGAUCCAGAACAGCUGCCGCCAAUUGUCAAGUCGCGCGAGGCUCGCAGUCGAGGCGCUGACGUGUCGCUCUUUGAUCGCCUCGACUCGCCCGAUAACACGGCCGUGCUGUCCGUACAGUACCGCAUGAAUAGCACCAUCAACCGUCUGGCCAAUCUGCUCACUUACGAAGGUGACCUGGAGUGCGCUAACGAUUCUGUCGCCAAGGCCAGUAUUCCGGUGUAUCUCCCUCGGGACUCACCCAUGUGGGUGCGUCGCGCGCUGAGUAAACACCUGGACAUGGCCGUCGUGGUGUUAAACACCGGCGACGUCUCCUUGCGCUGCCAGAAGCAAAACACCUCCCCGUACACCAACACUUGCGAGGUGGGCGCUGUGAUGCAUAUACUAAUCCAGCUGAAGUCUGCUGGCUUUGACUUGUCCAACGUCGGUGUUAUCGCCCCCUACCGCGCCCAAGUGGAGCUGUUGCGCCGGCUGGGCCAGAAUCUGGACAGACGCGUUGAGUUCAACACUGUGGAUCAGUAUCAGGGUCGCGACAAAAGCAUAAUCAUUUAUAGCUGCACCAGGACCGGACGCGAGCCGGAGCAGGUGCAGGGGCGCUGCCGCACCGCUGAGAUUCUCGAGGAUAAGCGCCGCCUCACCGUCGCCAUCACUCGAGCCAAACAUAAGCUGAUCAUCCUGGGUGACGUUGAAUGCCUCAAGAAAUACAACCCCUUCGGCGUCCUGUUCAGAAACAUACCAGAGUCAUGCUUCCUGACCCUGAGCGAGGGUAACAUGGAUUUUGACUAUUUGCUUCCAGAUAUUCAGCGAGGGUAAUGUGGAUUUUGAAUUGAUGUCAUUGUACGACGACCUCAAUUGCCUCAUAGAGCCAUUGGCCUAUGAAUAGUCAUUAGUUUUUUAAGGAGUUGCUUGACGCUACCUGACGAGUGAAAGGAGGCUUCGUUGCAGGAAGGAUAAACACAUUUACAACACAUACACAAAAGAUAGAAAUGCCAAAGAAGGAAUACAGUUUUAAGAAACCGAGGAAAGUUCGGAAGGAAAGGACGAGUACAAUUUUUAGGUAACGUUUAAAGAAGAAAUCCUUGACGGGAAUAUAUAUUUUACGAGAAGGAUUGUCAGAAAGAAAAAAUACAAAGUACAUAUUUUAAAGCAACGAAGGAAUACUCAAAGGAGACACUCAAUUUAAAGGAAGGAUCUUUUUACAGGGAUUUUACGAUGGAAUUUGUUACAGGAAGAAAUCAACCGAGAGAAGCGAGCACGCACACUUUUACACUUUUAAAGUUGCUGGAAGAAUGUUAAUUUCUGUUUUGUGUUUUGAUAAUUCAACGAUGUAAUCUCUGCAUACCUGCAGCGUUAAGUGUAAAGAUUAUACCAGCAUUUUAAGCCCCCGUAAA